UCACUGGCUGUGUUUCAGUUUGUGGCCAGCAGAGAUCGCCUGGGCACUGUCUUCAGCUGCUGUCGGGUAGCGCGUUGAGUGGACGUGGGAACAGCAUAGUACAGCCCGCUGUGAUAACGUUAGCUGGGAGGAAGCACCCAGUCUGCGGCUUGUGUUCCCUGCGAGCCGAGAGCUGCUCCAUUUGCUGUCCCGCAGAACAGGGUUUUCUCCCUGUUGGUAACUGACAAGCACUUUCCUGCUGUUCUGGACAACCAGCUCUGUAGGGUAAAAUAAAGCCACGUUGGACAAAAACAACACUUUUUUUUGCACCAUGUUCAAUCUGAUGAAAAAGGAUAAGGAGAGAGAAGGGAGUAAAAAGGAGAAGAAGGACAAAAAGGAGAGGAUGUCUGCAGCAGAGCUGCGCAGCCUGGAGGAGAUGAGCAUGCGACGAGGGUUCUUCAACCUGAAGAGGGAGGCCAAGCGUGAGUCCAAGAACAAACUGGAAAUCUCUAACCCCAUUCCCAUCAAAGUGGCCAGCAGCAAUGAGCUCACCCUCACUGAUAUUGAGUCAGAUGGCCUGAGCAACCGGAGCAGCAUGGUCCUGGAUGACCAGCUAAGCACGGCCAGUUCUACUGACGAUCUGAAAGGUGAAGGUGGAGGAGGUCUGGAUGGGCAUCGUGCUUCAGUACAUGAGCGUGUGGCUCACUUUGGUGCACUAGCCAAGCAGAACUCCUCACAGGUGGGUCAGAUGAUGAAGCGUUUUUCCUUUUCUCAGAGGAGUAAAGAGGAGAGCCCUUCAGAGGGCUCCACUCCCUCAGGUCCAAACUCUGCUGCUCCAUCUCCACACGUGGAGAGCAAAGUUUUCAACAUGCUACGCAAACACAGUCUGAAGCAGAACCCAGGAGCACCAGCACCCAAAAAAGUUUGCAUUCCUGAUUUGGUUGACAAGAAUUUCCCAGCAGAGCUGCAGCUGCCGGCGGUGGUGGCACCAAGUGCACCAGAAACACGUGCACUGGAGCUCCAGCGUCGUAACACCGGUGACUUUGGAUUUUCUUUGCGUCGUACUACUAUGUUGGACCGCAGUGUGGAUGGAGGAGUGUACAGGCGUGUGGUUCACUUUGCAGAGCCUGGCGCCGGCACCAAAGACCUGGCACUGGGAUUAGUGCCAGGUGACAGGCUGGUUGAGAUCAACGGAAAGAACGUGGAGAACAAGAGUCGAGACGAGAUAGUGGAGAUGAUCCGUCAGUCAGGAGACACGGUGAGGCUGAAGGUGCAGCCCAUCCUGGAGCUGAGUGAGCUGAGCCGCUGCUGGCUGAGAAACACCGAGGGGCUGCGCAGGGAGGCCAGACAGGUGAAAACAGAGGAGCAGAUUGCAGCAGAGCAGGCCUGGUAUGGAUCAGAGAAGGUCUGGCUUGUCCACAAAGAUGGCUUCUCCCUGGCCACUGUGGUGAAGACGGAGAAUGGCACUCUGCCAGAAGGCAAGGUGAAAAUCAAACUAGAGCAUGAUGGGACAGUGCUGGAUGUGGACGAAGAUGACAUUGAAAAGGCUAAUCCUCCAUCGUACGAUCGAUCGGAGGACCUUGCUUCACUCCUCUAUCUCAACGAGUCCAGUGUGAUGCACUGUUUGAGGCAGCGUUACGGAGGCAACCUUAUUCAUACUUAUGCCGGACUGAACAUGGUGGUCAUCAACCCUCUUAGCACGCCCUCCAUGUACUCUGAGAAGGUUAUGCACAUGUUCAAAGGCUGCCGGCGCGAUGACACGGCUCCUCACAUCUACUCCGUGGCACAGUCGGCCUAUCGCAACCUUCUCACCACACGACAGGAUCAGUCCAUCGUGCUGCUGGGCAAGUCUGGCGGCGGCAAGACCACCAACUGCCAACACCUGCUCCAGUAUCUGGUCUCGAUUGCAGGCAGCACAGGCAAAAUAUUCUCUGGUGAGACUGCAGGCAUCAUGACUCGAUGUCACUGGUUCCCGGGGGCUUUCGGCAACAGCUCGACAGCGAUGAACACAAACGCCAGUCACUUCUCCCAUGUUGUCUCCCUUGACUUUGACCAGGCUGGACAGGUGGCCUCGGCCUCCAUUCAGACGAUGCUGCUGGAGAAAUUGAGGGUGAGCAGACGACCUGAGGGAGAAUCAACCUUCAACAUCUUCUACUACAUUAUGGCUGGUGCUGACAGCGGCCUCAGAACUGAGCUGCACUUUAACCACAUGGCUGAAAACAGUGCUUUCGGAAUUGCACCACAGUCCAAGGCUGAGGACAAGCAGCGAUCUGCACAGCAGUUCACGAAGCUGCAGGCAGCCAUGAAAGUGCUGGGCAUCUCUGGUGAUGAACAAAAGGCUCUUUGGCUCAUCCUCGGAGCCAUUUAUCACCUAGGAGCUGCAGGAGCCACUAAAGACGGAGAUGAAGUGGGGCGCAGGCAAUUUGCUCGUCAUGAAUGGGCACAAAAAGCAGCCUACCUGCUGGGCUGCUCUUUGGAGGAGCUGUCAUCUUCUAUCUUUAAGCACCAAGCCAAAGGACUGCAGCAUUCUGCCUCCUUCAGAGGAGUGCCAGAUGAGAGCGGCCAGGGCGACGGCUCAGGCUGUAAGAUCUCAGCUCUGGAGUGUUUGGAGGCCAUGGCAUCAGGACUGUACUCUGAGCUCUUCACUCUUGUCAUCUCCCUCAUCAACAGGGCUCUGAAGUCUAGUCAGCACUCUCUGUGCUCCCUGCUGAUCGUGGACACUCCUGGCUUCCAGAACCCCCGGCUGGCGCAGCAGCAGCGAGGGGCAACCUUUGAGGAGCUUUGCCACAAUUACACCCAGGAGAGGCUGCAGACCCUGUUUCAUGAACGCACCUUUGUUCAGGAGCUGGACAGAUACAAGGAGGAAAACAUAGAGCUUGCUUUAGAUGACAUAGAGUGCAGUACCUCACGGUCUGUAGCUGCUAUUGACCAAACCUCGACACAAGCUCUGGUGCGGACUCUGGCCAGGACGGACGAAGCCCGAGGUCUUCUGUGGCUGAUGGAGGAGGAGGCUGUUCAGCCCGGAGGUUCAGAGGAGACCAUGCUGGAGAGACUUUUCAGCUACUAUGGAUCAGCACAGGGAGAAACCAAAGGUCCAAAUCUUCUAAUGAGGGGAGAUAAACCCAACCUUUUCCUGCUUGGUCACAGCCACGGGACAAACUGGGUGGAGUACGACGCUCAGGGCUGGUUGAGCCACGCGAAGCAUAAUCCUGCUGCUCAGAACGCCGCCACACUGUUGCAGGACUCACAGAAGAAAAACAUCAGCGGGCUGUUCAUGAGUCGAGCCAGCGGCGCCACAGUUUUGUCGGGCUCCAUCGCUGGUCUUGAGGGCAGCUCCCAGCUCGCUCUGAGACGAGCCACCAGCAUGAGAAAAACCUUCACCACAGGUGUUGCUGCAGUCAAAAAAAAGAGUCUGUGUAUUCAGAUCAAACUCCAAGUGGACGCUCUGAUUGAUAUGGUGCGGCGCUCCAAGGUUCACUUCGUCCACUGCCUGCUCCCCAAAGCAGAGGCAGUUGGAGGAGGAAGUGAGCCCCGUGUGACGCACGGAGAGAACGCUGACUCAGGUCUCAUGACUCUGGACGUAGGCCUCCUGAGAGCUCAGCUGCGAGGGUCAAAACUGUUGGAUGCUCUGCGCAUAUACAGACAAGGUUACCCAGACCACAUGGUGUUCUCUGAGUUCCGGCGGCGCUUUGAUGUCCUGGCUCCACAUCUCUCAAAGAAACAUGGCCGCCACUACAUCGUCACAGAUGAGAAGAGGGCCGUGCAGGAGUUGCUGGAGUCCUUGGAGCUCGAGAAGAGCAGCUACCACAUGGGGCUGAGUCGGGUCUUCUUCAGAGCGGGGACUCUUUCCAAGCUGGAGGAGCAGCGUGACGUUAAGACCAGGAGGAACAUCUCUCUGUUCCAGGCUGCCUGCAGGGGAUAUUUGGCCCGACAGGCCUUCAAGAAGAGGAAGAUUCAGGAUCUGGCCAUCCGCUGCAUUCAGAAGAACAUUAAGAAAAAUCGAGGUGUCAAAGGUUGGCCAUGGUGGAAGCUCUUCACCACGGUCAGACCCCUGAUAGAAGUGCAGCUCACUGAGGAGCAGAUCCGUGGAAAGGAUGAAGAAAUCCAGCAGCUGAAGCAGAAGCUGGAGAAGGUGGAGAAGGAGAGAAACGAGCUGCGGCUCAACAGUGAUCGCCUGGAGAGCCGGAUCACUGAGCUGUCAUCAGAGCUGGCUGAUGAGAGGAACACAGGGGAGUCGGCCUCUCAGCUGCUGGAGACAGAAACCUCUGAGAGACUGCGACUGGAGAGGGACAUGAAGGACUUACAGGCCAAGUUUGACACAAUGAAGAAACAGAUGGAGUCCAUGGAGAUGGAGGUGAUGGAGGCUCGGCUCAUCCGGGCGUCUGAACUCAACGGAGAGAUGGAGGAUGAUGACACAGGAGGAGAGUGGAGGCUGAAGUACGAACGAGCCAUCAGGGAGAUAGAGUUCACCAAGAAGAGGCUACAGCAGGAGUUUGAUGACAAGCUGGAGGUGGAGCAGCAGAACAAGAGGCAGCUUGAUAGGAGGAUCACAGACCUGCAGGCAGACAACGAAGAGUCCCAACGGAACAUCCAGCAGCUGAAAAAGAAAACACAGCGACUCACGUCAGAACUACAGGACACCAAACUUCACAUGGAAAGUCAACAGAGUCGCAACCAUGACCUGGAGAAGAAGCAGAGGAAGUUUGACAGUGAACUAAGUGCUGCCCAAGAUGAGGUGCAGCGGGAGAAGAGCCUGAGGGAGAAACUGGCCCGGGAGAAAGACAUGCUGACAGGAGAGGCCUUCAGCCUCCGACAGCAACUGGAGGAUAAGGACUUGGAAGUUUGUGCAUUAAACCUGAAGCUGGACCAACUGGAGGCCGAGCUGCAGGAUCUCAACUCCCAGGAAUCCAAAGAUGAGGCGUCGCUGGCCAAGGUGAAGAAGCAGCUUCGUGACAUGGAGGCCAAGGUGAAGGACCAGGAGGAGGAGCUGGAUGAGCAGGCUGGAACCAUCCAGAUGUUAGAACAGGCCAAGCUGCGCCUGGAGAUGGAGAUGGAGCGACUCCGUCAGACUCAUUCAAAGGACAUUGAAAGCAAAGAUGAUGAGGUGGAGGAGAUCAGACAGUCCUGCAGCAAGAAGCUUAAGCAAAUGGAAGUCCAGCUUGAAGAAGAAUACACUGAGAAGCAAAAAGUGCUGAAAGAGAAGAGAGAGCUGGAGUCGAAGCUUCUGUCAGCACAGGAUCAGGUGAGAAGCGGGGACGUAGAAACUGAGAAGCGUUUGAGGAAGGACCUGAAAAGAACCAAGGCUCUGCUGGCUGAUGCCCAGAUAAUGUUGGACCAUAUAAAGAACAAUGCUCCCAGCAAGAGGGAGAUUGCUCAGCUCAAGAAUCAGCUGGAAGAAUCAGAGUUCACGUGUGCGGCCGCUGUUAAAUCCCGCAAGUCCAUGGAGGUGGAGAUCGAAGACCUUCACGUUCAGAUGGAGGACAUCUCCAAAACAAAGCAGGCGUUGGAGGAGCAGCUGAGCCGCGUCCAGAGGGAGAAGAAUGACCUGCAGUCCAGGAUGGAGGAGGAUCAGGAGGACCUGAAUGAGCUGAUGAAGAAACACAAGGCGGCCGUUUCACAGUCGGCCCAGAACCUGGCUCAGAUCAGUGACCUUCAAACCCAGCUGGAGGACGCCCUCAAGGAGAAGCAGGAGAUUCAGGAAAAGAUGCAAGCCCUGCAAAGCCAGCUGGAGUUUCAGGAGCAGUCCAUGGUGGAGAAAUCCCUGGUUGGACGGCAGGAAGCCAAGGUCCGUGAGCUGGAAACCAAGCUGGAGUUUGAGAAGACCCAGGUCAAACGCCUUGAGAGCCUCGUAGCUCGUCUUAAGGAGAAUGUGGAGAAGCUGAUGGAGGAGCGAGAUCAACGCAGCAGCAGCGAGAUCAGGGAGAAGGAGCAGAACAAACGUCUGCAGCGGCAGAUUCGCGACAUCAAAGAGGAGAUGGGCGAACUUUCCAAAAAGGAAACUGAGGCCAGCCGCAAGAAACAUGAACUGGAAAUGGACAUUGAGAGCUUAGAGGCUGCAAACCAGAGCCUGCAAGCUGAUCUGAAGCUGGCUUUUAAAAGGAUCGGCGACCUCCAGGCAGCCAUCGAGGAUGAGAUGGAGAGUGAUGACAAUGAAGACCUCAUUAACAGUUUGCAGGACAUGGUGACAAAGUAUCAGAGAAGAAAGAACCGAACUCAGGGGGAUUCUGAUACAGACUCUGAGGUGGAGGAUCGUGUGGAUGGGGUGAAGUCCUGGUUGUCCAAAAGCAAAGGUUCUGCCAAGAACCUGUCAGAUGAUGGCAGCCUCAAGAGUUCCAGAUGUGCUGUAAAUGUAGAUGCAAAAGAAGGAAAAGAGUCAAAAGAGGGUAAGGACUGGAAAGAGUUGAAUAAGGAGGGCAAAGAUGUAGAAACAAGCAGGCCUCUGUCGGUGAUGAGCUCUCUGAGCUACAGGAAACGAGCCAACCCUGACUCCAAAGGAAAUGCCCUGUUCAGUUCCCUGAAGGAAAACGCUGACACAGAAGAUUCAUUCAGCUUCCUGAAGACCAAAUCCAAACUUUCAGACCUUCAAGAUGACACCUUCUCAGUCGCCUCCAGGAGGAGGUCUCAGGUUGGAGAUGACAUGGACGACAGGGAGUCGGUCAUCUCUCAGGCCUACUCCCAGGCCAACAGCCGAGCCAGGAAGGGUCUGGACAGUCGUUGGGGAGACUUUGACAAAGAAUCAACCAUAUCAUUCCCUGCGUCCAACCGGACAUCAACGCGCCUCGGUUUAAGCCCAGAAGAUGACGCCAAAUCUACUAUCAGCUUAGGUCUUUCAAGCCCUCUCAGACGCCGCCGAAGCGCCUCACGUCUGGACGAUGGCAGAAGUGAGUGGUCAGCGUAUGCAAGUACUCCCACCAGUCCUUGUUUCAGCAGACGCUCAGGAGGUCGCAGUCCUGGGAGUGUCAGCAGGGCCGAUUCUCGGAUAUCUGUGGCUCGAAGUUGCCGCCUGAGUGAGUUUGAUGUCGACAUGGAUGAUAGUCGAAGUGUCGCCUUUACCGAGAGGUCAGCCUUCAGUCCUCACUCCGGGGGCCGCAGUGUUUCCAUGCCACCGCCACAGAGCAGGAGUAAUGACGACCCUGUUGAUGACUUAGAAAUCAGACCAGUCAGUCACCGCAACUACCUCGACCCCGAUCUGGAGAAGGCCAUCAACGAGGUGCUGAGUUUCAAGCCGAUCAAAUUCAAGCGCAGAAGCUUGGAGGAUUCAGAGGGUGAAGAAGAAGGAACGUCCAAGAAGAACGAGGACGACGGCAAGAGUGUCAGUAACGGAAACAGCUCUCGCCCCAACAGCAGCCUUAGACGCUCUUCAUCAGCUGUGGACUGCAUGAGAUCAUCUCGCAGUGCCAGCAGCUUAAGCACCCGCAGCAGCAGCCGACAUCGCAGCAAAAGUAAGAAGAAGAAGAGGAGCCGUAGUUCAGACUCUGACAGCUCCAACGAGCGUCACAGGAGCAGCUCCAGGAAAGGCUCUAAGAAGUCAAAGAAAAAGUCCAAGAAAAGGAGUCGGUCUUCAUCCAGUUCAUCGUCUUCAUCUUCAGAGUCUGAGUCCGAUUCAGAGUCGAGCUCCGGUGCCUCCACCAUUUCCUACAGAAGCUCCAACAGUGUGAAAAAGGCCCCAGGUAGAAAGGUCUCCAGCCCAGAGAAGGAGGAAACGGAGGUGCCGAGCGAAAGCCAGCCGUUGAACAAAAAAGACGAAAAGAAAAGGAAGAAGAAAGUUGAUAACCUGAUGAUGAAGUACCUGUAUCGACCGGACAGCGACUGAAGUCAGCAUCCCACUGGUCGAAGACACUACUACUUCGGUAGAUCCGACGACGAGGAUGAAGAAGAAGAAGCUGGCGCCUACCACUCCCGAUACAGCAAAUACAGCAGCCAAUUAAAAGAGGACACCAGUGACGAGAGGCUUUAC